CAAUCAGGGUGCAGCAGGCUGAAGCGUGACUGGCGGCUCUCCCCGUGUGCAGCCACGGAUACACACGGGCUUUCCAAGAAGGGAGGCAGCGGUUGGUGUACGGCACAGCUGGCUGAUACUGAGGUAUGCUACAGGUGCUGACCAAGCUGUCUGGUGAGCGAGGCAGCAGGACUUCCGACAUCCCCAUGGCAACCCAGGAUAACUACUACUAGCCACCACCCAUUGGACACAACAGGAGAAUAACAUCUCAGCAGGUACCACCUGCAACUGGCACUCAUCAACUCCUCACCCUGAGGUUUCCACGGAAACUGCUCAAACACAUGCCCAGCUUUCGCUGACACGUCAAAGAGAUAACACAGCCGUCAGGAUGAGCUCGUCUGAGGACUUACGUGUAAAACAGAUCAUGGCGAUCACCCUUAAGACUGCGAAAGCCGGGAUGGCACGCUUGAGAGGUGCCGACUUUGCCCCAACCAUCGGCCUCGGCUUGAACAAGGCUGGCUUCAAAGCCGUCCUCUUGACCAGCAUUCCGUCCAACGUCAAUGUGAUCUCCGAAUACGAGAUCAGGACUGUCCGGCAUAAGAUCGGGGAUGCGUACGAAUACAAGGUGGACUACGCGGACAUCCUGAUCCAUCCCAAAGUCGAGAAGGACGGUUACGGAAGCACCAGCGAUGACCCUCUCUCCAGCGAAGAGGACACGACAAAAGACUCGCCGAAGAAUGAUAAACUCGGCCUUCAAUCCCCGUGCGGGCCUGGGUUAACGCGAGAACUCGUGCUGGAGGACCCGAAACCCAAGCCUAUCCGGACGGAAAGCAGUGACGACGGAGAUGACGACAUAGAGAAGGCGGUCGCGCCCGCUCUGAUUCCUCCAUCCAUACAGAUCGAAGAGAACAGGCUGCCCACCAUACAGCUGCUGGACGUUCCCUGGGCGAUCGUGAUCCACAUCUCCUACAUCCCCGCGGGGUUCGCCCGCCUGGGGUUUGACCCGCCGCCCGGUCACAUCAACCGCGACACGGGGAAACGGUUCGGCCCUCCGAACUACAGCGAUCGCUGCUAUCUGCAAGCAAAUGCUGAAACUCUCACCCAGAUGAGCCCCAAGGAACUGAUGGAAGUGGAGUUCCAAGACCAGAAGAGAGGAAUCAUCAAGGUCAAGGACAAGCGGAACAUGACCUUCGAGAAGGCAGUCAGCCAUGCUCGGAAGCUCCGAGUGGCCAAGGAGAUCCCGGUGUACGCCUUCGCAGUGGUGGGGAUCGGCCCCAAACUGGCCAAGGCCAAGUGGAAGCGGGAAGUCGCUCGCCGGCCGCAGGACAACGCAGAGAGCAGCUGACUUGUCACGUACUACAGCCCGCCAGCUGGUCUGAACGACAACGAAGCCCCCAGUGUCGUGUCUGAUGACAUCAAUGUCAAGGUGGAGAACAACGUCACUGUUCAGAACGACAAUGACAUCAUGGAUCAAAGGGACAAUAUUACCUGCCGUAUAUGUACCAUUCUUUAAACUGCCUGGUUUGCCUGCAGUGCUGGUAUAUCACACCAGGGGGCAGUUGAAAUGGUUGACCAAGAAAGAGUCCCCUAGCCUAGUAGAACUUAAGUGGAACUCACUUUAAGUUUAAGACAACCUUCAAUGAUACUUGGAAGUUGGAGUUAGAUUUGCAGAAGCGGAGUAACAAGUUGUUUGAUAGAGAUUGUAAUUAUUGAAUUUUAUUGUUCUUGCCUUGUUUCACUUUAAAAACUGAAGAACAGGUCUACGAAUGACACAGAUGCAGUGUGGUACAAUGUGUGGCACAUGUAUAGUACAAUAUGUCAGGUACAAUGUGUGGCACAUGUACAAUGUAUUUGGUGCAACGUGUGGAACAUGUGUGGUACAAUGACCAAGAAUAACGCGUGUAAAUUUUGAUACUGUGGAAAUAUUUGAACAGAAAAUGAAGACAGGCUGUAUAUAGUAUAAGUUUGACAGUUUUCAUUGACAUUAUAAUAUAAGCCUUGAGUCCAGCCUUGUUGGCAUUGGUCCUCUCACAGCUGUUGCAACAAAGCUAACAAGGCUGGACUCCAGGCUAUAACAUUAUUGCAGGACAUUUGGCAGUGUUCUUAAAGUAUGAAUGAGUAACAAAAUUGGUUUUCACAGUUUUCGUGCUCUACUACACAAUACAUGCAUUUACUAUAUCUCUUUUCUAAACUCACUCAUGGACCGCAACAAGUAGGGCCACAGACACAUGGUACUACAGUAUACAUGUACACGUACUAGUACUUGUAGGGACCUGCGAUAAGGUUAGUUUGCCUUUGAGGAAGGGUACAAUUACAAUUACAAGAACAAUUUUCUGAUGGAUGUCUUGCCAGUAUCACUUCCACAGACAGAUUUUUUAAAUCUCUUUCAAAUAAGGAGUGUGUAAAAAGUGAACUUUGUGGAUGGAUGCAAAAAUGUACAACCCUACACAAUAAGUAAGUAAUUUCCCUUCAUGGAGUUUAAAACAUUCCAGUUUUGAUACACAAUCAGUAUAACUAACAACAGUAACAGGGCUCACAAAGAACUUUGGAAACAAAAUGAACUGACUACAGUUAAAUUUGUACCACUUAUCAACAACUGACUUAAAAUUUUUUUAUGUAUAUAAAACAAGCAUACAUUUAGAAUUGAUGUAUGCAAGAAAUGGUUAUGAUAAAUUUAAAACUUGUUUGUAAUUUGUAAGAUAUACGGUAUCUAUGUCUUUUGAUUGAAGCAUUGAUUAUACAAUGGCCAAGUUGCUGUUAACCGUUUGACUUUAUACAUGUAUGUCAAGUGACAAAGUUACUUGUAUAUCAGAAUGUGCCUGUAAAAUUGUUUCUCUUAUUGUUACUUUAAUUAAGUUUAAAAGAUGAACAUGUAUACCUAAAUAGACCUGGCCAUCUUUCUUUUCAUAUUUAUGAUGCAGCAGUGACUGUAACAGAAGUUUAGAUCAUACAUUUUAUGUGAUGAUAUUCAUAUUUCUAUACAUAACUACAUGAUAUAUGAUAUUGAUACUAACAAUAGAUAGAUACACUAUACCUGCUGAAGCUCUGUUUGGGCACUAUUUGAUCUCUAAACUUACUAAAGCUCGCAAUUCUUAACAAUACGAGACACCAGUAAUUCACUCACUGAGUGAUUCAAGUGUAAUACAGUGUACAUACAAUUUGUAAAUCAAAGAAAGAGGCUGUAUCUACAUGCGUCUAAAGAUAUCAGUAAAUAUACUUUGUAACCUGAGAAAAAUCCAUAGAAGGAUUGGCGAAUGCCUUGUUGGCAAAAUGUUUUAUUUAGAUUAGGGGUGGGUACCAGUACCAGACCUGAACCUGGACCUUAUCCAUUUUGCUACAAAGGAAUCUGUUUGCUGGAGUAUCCUAUAUUCACAUAAACAACGCCAACUGCUUCUGUUAACUUAGACAAAGUUUGACUGUAGAAACUUGACAAAAAUGACUAAUCAAGUCUCCUCUACUUCGCUCGUUACUUUCUUGGAACAAAAAGCCUCAAAACUCGUGAUCCCCUGCCACCAUAGUUCAGGUUUAAUCUGUUUAUUUUCUAAUCGGUCCAACAUCCAGUCCAUAAUUUUCUUCAUACCGUUUUUUUCUGGACCGGACCAACAAGAAAAUUGUACCGGUACCCAUUCCUAAUUCAGAUGCAGUCGUGCAAACCAAGAAAGACUUCGGAACAGUUUAACGUUCAGUGCAACUUUAGUACCCAUAAAGCACAGUUUCCAUUACCAAGCAACCCAUCAGGGGAGUCGUUUGAAUAAGCAAGAGACGUGAGGACAGAUCACGCAUACAAACUAUAGUCAAGACUAAGUGGGUUUAAAAUAAGUAUACGAUGACUGAAUGAAUAUGCCGUUUUUUAUUGACAAUUCCCCAUAUGUUAUCCCUUCUGUAAAAGGGAACUUUGUAUUUUCUUUAAUGUAACAUUUCCACAAAGGAACAAUGUUAUGAAUGGUAUUUGAAGUGUUUAGUUUACUUUGAGUCAUUUGCACAUCUGUUGAUAUUAAUAAGUAGCAUUAAAUGCUGUUCACCCACAA